AUAACAUGGGCUCUGCUAUGCCCACCUCCAUGCCAACCAGUAUCCAGGGUGCCUUGCCUGCACAGGCCCAGUCAUGGCGGCAGCAGCAGCAGCAGCAUCCAGGUCUCCAACCCGGCUCUGCUAACGGAGGCAUGCCAGCAGGUUUCCCCAACUCUGGCUUCCACAUGCAGCCAAGAUUGUCCAAACUUUCCAACAACACCCCAUUUCCCCAGGGUGGCAUGGGGAACAGUGCAGCUGGUAGGACCCUGACAGUAAUGAAUCCUGGACAGAUGUUGCCUAACAUGAACCAGCAACGGCCCCCUCCUGGCCAGCAGAUGGUCCAGCAGGCGCAAGCGCCGCCUCAAACUCAGCAGGUUCUGUCUGACUUGGGGCCCUUCAGUCAGCCACAGGCUGGACCUAACCGCACCGCAGGACUUCAGUGCAGUCAGGCCUAUCAGAUCAACAGGACAGCCAAUCAGCAGCUCCAGUUUAGCUAUAACGCCCAAUCGGGAGGCAGCUUGUCCGGGUUUCCUGCCGAGACGGACCUAGUGGACUCUCUGUUGAAAAAUCCAUCGACACAAGAGUGGAUGGAUGAUCUAGACGAGCUGUUGGCCAGUCACCAGUGAGUGAUGGCCAUGG